AUACUUCCUUUCUCUAUGUAUAAGAAACUGGGAACUCAUGAGAACUGAUUCUGAUCACAAGAGGUUUCUUAUCCCCAACCAUGCUUCUCCUAGAUACCUGGGCCAACAUUCUUCACAGUGCCCUGCUCUUGGUCCUGCUUCUGGAACUUAAAGUCUUUCAGGACUCACAUAAAGACCAAGCUCCUCAUCUGCUUGCUACAUAUGUGAAAGAAGGCCUACAUCCAGACUAUGGGUGUACAUCAUUUGGUGAUUCAGAAUCUGAAAGCACCAAGGAUUCAGUAGCAGAUAUGAAAGAGCUGAAGGUGAUCCAGCCUAAGAAAUCAGUUUGUGUUGAUGCUGGAGGAUCAGUUACUCUGAAUUGCACAGUCACAUCUCUCACCCCUGUGGGGCCCAUCAAGUGGUUCAGGGGUGUAGGACACAGUAGGCAUCUGAUAUAUUAUUUCACCGGAUACCAUUUCUCCAGAAUAACAAAUGCCUCAGAUGCUACAAAGAGAGGCAACCUGGACUUUUCUAUCCACAUCAGUAAUGUCACACCUGCUGAUGCAGGUACCUACUACUGUGUGAAGUUCCAGAAAGGAAUAGUAGAGCCUGACAUUGAGAUUCAGUCUGGAGGUGGCACUGAGUUGUCAGUAUUUGUAGCAGAUAUGAAAGAGCUGAAGGUGUUCCAGCCUAAGAAAUCAGUUUGUGUUGAUGCUGGAGGAUCAGUUACUCUGAAUUGCACAGUCACAUCUCUCACCCCUGUGGGGCCCAUCAAGUGGUACAGGGGUGUAGGACACAAUAGGCACCUGAUAUACAAUUUCACCGGAUACCGUUUCCCCAGAGUAACAAAUGCCUCAGAUGCUACAAAGAGAGGCAACCUGGACUUUUCUAUCCACAUCAGUAAUGUCACACCUGCUGAUGCAGGUACCUACUACUGUGUGAAGUUCCAGAAAGGAAUAGUAGAGCCUGACAUUGAGAUUCAGUCUGGAGGUGGCACUGAGUUGUUAGUAUUUGAACUGAAGACAUCACACAUUGCUAAAAUCCUUGCAGCUGCACUCAUUGGAUGCAAACUACUCCUGGUAAUUGCUGUCACUCUCAUUUACAGGCACAGAUGCAAAAUGCUCGAAUAGAUUCAGCAUGGAAAUCAAUGCUGAUGAGAAGCCGCUGAAGACUGCUCAUAAAGACACAAUUAGGACAACUUGAAUUCAAAAUUUCUGGUUGUUUCUCUGCAUAUGUAUCAUUGUCCCAGAGCUUAAGUGCUAUGCAUAUUGAGUUGUAUUCUUGAUAUCUUUAUUUUCACUAUUAAAAGAAUUUAAAUAUGUA